UAGAAAUUAAUUUAAAAAUAUAUAUUGUUAAAAAAUUAUAUCCAGGGGAAAAUAAAUGAGAGAAUUAUCGUUCAGUGAUUAAUUGCUGGAGGGAGGUGAUUGAUAAACGGAACUCGAUUAAUUCUUUUCGUUCAUACACUCAAAAUCAGCGGAAGUAUACAAUGACUUAUAACGUCGAGGAAAAAGAGGGGACUAAAACGAAUCGCGUCUCACUACUCCAUUUAAACAACUCAAACAGGAAGACAGCAGAAGACAGUGUUAACUCUCUCGUGCACAGUGCAAGUUCGCAAGCUCAAGUGAAAUUUUUCACCCCCCAAAAAAAAAUUUCACCUAAUAUUAUUAAUCGUGUUAAUAAACGUGUUAAUUAAAUAUUUUUUUCUAAAUUCAUUUUUAGUAACAAAUAAUUCUAAAGAGAACAUUUUUUCAUCGUGAAAUUUUUUUCCAUUUUUGAAAAACAAUUCAAAAAACUUAUUUUCCUCAUAAACAUAAAGAGAGGGUUGCCUGAAUAUUAUGGACGUCAGAUUCUUAUUACUCGUGCUGACUAUUGUCGGCCUAAUGGCGGCCGGCGUCAGUUCAAGAAUUGGAUCCUUUGCUAGGAUUGCACAGUUUAUAUUAGCAGCCGCAGUAAUUCCACUAAUCUACAAAUUUCAUCGAAAAAUCUACAUCAUCAUCAGAACUCUACCGAGAGAUAUUAAAUUUCUGUAUCGUUAUGUUAAUGCCGAUCUGGAAACCAGACGAUUUGUCCGUAAUGAUAGCACGGUGAUGAAAAUUUUUAGGGAAAGAACUCGACUUUAUCCAAAUAAGCCCUGCUUUAUUUUCGAAGGUCGCAUUUGGACUAAUGCCGAUAUAGACAAAUACAGCAACCAAAUAGCGUCAGUUUUCCAAAAAGCUGGCUACUCAAAAGGAGAUGCAGUGGCGUUGAUGAUGCCAAAUAAGCCAGAAUUUAUCGCCACAUGGUUGGGCUUGGGAAAAAUUGGUGUUGUCACAGCCUUAAUCAAUACCAACUUGCGGCUAAAUUCACUAGUUCAUUGUUUAAAAGUGGCAAAAGUAAAAGGCAUCAUUUUCUCCAAAGAACUAACAUUCGCAAUUGAUGAAAUUUGGGAAACAGUAUCGGAUUUGGAAAAAUUCAAACAAGGCUGUGGUGAAAAUGUCAGUACAAAUGGUGCUAAAAAUUUGGAUCAACAAUUAUCAGAGGCCAGUACAGGACAGCCAAUUGUCGAUCGAGAACCCGGUUAUAGGGACAAAUUACUCUAUAUUUACACGAGUGGCACCACCGGAUUACCUAAGGCAGCCCUAAUACCAAAUUCAAGAUAUUUGUUGGUGACAAUGGCUACAUAUCAUAUGUUGGGUUUAAGAUCAGACAGUGAUAUUAUGUACAAUUCUAUUCCCUUGUAUCAUAUGGCAGGAGGACUGGUUGGAACUGGUUGUGCAUUAGUUAAAGGAAUACCAAGUGUAUUAAGAACAAAAUUCUCAGUAACUGCUUAUUGGACCGAUUGUAUUAAAUAUAAUUGCACGCUUGCUCAGUACCUUGGUGAAAUAUGCAGAUAUUUACUUUCUGCUCCCCCACGACCUGAAGAUACUGCUCAUCCAGUUAGAUUAAUGGUGGGCAAUGGAAUGAGACCUCAACUUUGGCAAGAUUUCGUAAAUCGUUUCAAAAUUGAACAAAUUACUGAGGUCUACGGUUCAAGUGAAGGAAACGCUAAUAUCGUAAAUGUGGAUAAUCAGGUGGGAGCUGUUGGAUUUGUCCCUAGUAUUUUGCCUAAGAGUCUACAUCCAGUAGCACUUAUUAAAAUAAAUCCAGAAACUUGCGAACCAAUUCGUGGUUCAAAUGGCUUUUGCAUUCGAACGGAAACCAAUGAACCAGGAAUGUUUAUAGGAUUAAUUAAGCAGGGCAAUGCAUCUAGGGAAUUCAACGGUUAUUUAGAUGAAGAAGCGUCUAAGAAGAAAAUUAUCGAAAACGUCUUUGUCAAAGGAGAUAAAGCGUUUUUGACUGGCGAUAUCUUGGUUCAAGAUGAAUUAGGCUAUUUCUACUUCAAAGACAGAACAGGAGAUACGUUUAAAUGGAAAGGAGAAAACGUUGCAACGGCGGAAGUUGAAGGUGUCGUCAGCAACGUAGCCGGACACCGAGACACAACAGUUUAUGGUGUUCAGGUACCAGGAAUUGAAGGUCGAGCCGGAAUGGCAGCAAUUGUCGACCCCGAUUGCCUUUUGGACUUUAAAGCUCUCGCUGAAGGUCUAGAUAAAGCUCUACCUUCCUACGCAAGACCAAUUUUCUUGCGAAUCGUGAAGGAACUUGAAAUGACCAGCACUUUCAAAUUAAAGAAAAUUACCCUCCAAAAAGAAGGUUUCGAUCCCAACAAGAUUCAAGAUAAAGUUUAUUUCCGUGACGGUAAUAAGGAAUACGUUGAGGUAACACCAGAACUCUAUGAAAAAAUCAUAACGGGAGCAGCGAAAUUGUAGAAAAUUAAGACUAAGAAGAAAAUUUGAGAGAAUUCCUUCUACAAAAAUAAGGAAAAA